CCCGAGCAGGUGAGACACACCUGAGUCGCGCGCACUAAAGGAGCGGCCCCAGACCUGACGUCAGGCUUUUCUCUCCUCGCGGACCGAAGUGGACCGAAGUGGACCGCGACUCUGCUCAGACACUCGGUGACAAAAGUGUGGAAAUGUUCCCCCUCUGCUCCUCUCUCCUCCUCCUCCUCCUCCUGUCGGUCCCGCGGCUCUGCGGGGCCUCGGACUGCGGGAGCGACUUCCGUCCGGGCGCGGACCACUUCGUGCUGGACGCGGAGGACUCGGUGCGGGAGGGCGCGGCGCUGCUGGCCACGCAGGACGUCCCCGACGCCGCGGACUGCGAGCAGCUGUGCUGCCAGGAGCCGAGCUGCAACCUGGCGCUGCUGGAGCCGCGCGCCCCCGACGCGCACACGCACGCCUGCGUCCUGUUCGACUGCGUCCGCCAGAACCGGUUCGUGUGCCGGUUCGUGAACCAGGCCGGGUACAAGACCUACAUCAGGUUGGCGGUGUUCCAGAGGUACCUGCAGGGACCAGGUAAGAAGGCUCCGCCCAUAGCCAACGCCGGCCGUGAUGUCGUCGUCCAGCCAGGUGAGACCGUGUUGCUCAACGGCAGCGAGAGUCAGGCGCUGCAUGGCGGGAGGAUCACCAAAUACGUCUGGACGAGGGAGAGCGGAGACCCCAGCAUCUUGAUGGAGAACACAGAACUACCUGACCAGGUGAGGCUCUCCAACCUGCAGCCGAGCUCGUACGUCUUCCAGCUGACCGUCACCGACUCCCACGGACAGUCCGCCAGCAGCAAGGUCACCGUCCUGGUCCUCAGCCCGGAGCAGUCCAGCUUGUACUGUACGGCGCCGGCGAAGGUGGGCCCGUGUCGCGCUGCGUUUCCUCGCUGGCGUUACAACGUGACGAAGGGCAGCUGUGAGAUGUUCACGUUUGGAGGCUGUAAGCCCAACAAGAACAACUUCCUGUCUUUUGACGAGUGUUCGGCCGCCUGCAAAGGAGUGACAGCGGCGUCAGAGAGAUUGAUCGUUCCACAUGCAAAGGUGUGCGACGGCUCGGCGUGCCGCCCCGACCAGCUGACCUGUGAGGGUGACUGCUGCCUGGACAGGAGUCUGGAGUGUGACGGGGUGCAGCACUGCUUCGACGGCUCCGACGAGAGCAGAUGCACAACAUUGGACCAAACCUUGGGCCAGCUGUUGAGGAUCAACGUGAGCGAGAGCACAGUCCGGUGCACGCAGCCGCCCCGCACCGGUCCGUGCCGGGCGCACUUCCCCCGGUGGUACUACGACCCUCUGGACAGGAAGUGCCACGAGUUCACGUACGGCGGCUGCGACGACAACGGGAACAACUUCGAGGAGGACGGGGUCUGCAGGGAGACGUGUGACGGGGUGACGGAGGAAGACGUGUUCGCCAGAGGGCUGUUUGACCAUUUAGGGGCCGAUAAACAGGAUGAAGCUAAAUCAAACUCCACAGCUCUGGCUGUGAUUCUGUCCGUCACCAUCUUGGCGGUGCUGGCCAUCCUGGGCUACUGCUUCCUGCGGUCGCGCAAGAACCGGUCCCGCGGGGCCGCCGCGCCCACCCCGGGUCGAGUGGAGCUGUCGGAGCAAGACACGCUGGUGUACAACAGCACCACCAAACCUCUGUGAUGUCAUUUCCUCCAUCGAGGCCAGACACGUCUGUGCUUUUACCCUCUAAAUAUUUCAGGUUUCGUUGUUUUUGUUUAUCCUUUUUUUUUUUUCAUUUUCAUGUUUUUACCUCAGUAGUGUUCAGCUAAUGUCAGAUGUUAUUUCCAGUGAAACAGAAUAAAACAAACCUGAGUUUGUACGACCAAAUACAAGAAGUAAUCAGAAAAACCUUUUAAAGAAAUUGAUCAGAUUCAGCUGCAGAAAAUAUUUUUGCAGUUUUCUUAUUUUUGAAUUUAUCCUUGUUGAAUAUAUUUAUGAAUCAGUGUUUGGGUCUCAGGUUUAUUUAGUGUGUUAGCACUUUGUGCCUGUAAAUAUUAAAGUCAAGUGUGUUUUUAAUGACCUCUGCUGGCUCGUUUUUAAAUCUCUGUAAUAAAUCUAGAUGGAAACCAGGA